UAAACCAACAGUUAGAAGUUCGUGCGGCAGGCCAUGCAAGUUGAAAGUCAGCAAUCAUGAAUCCUCACAGUCAGAAAGAAGUUUGCUUAACAUGGCUGAUUCAGAUUUCGAGUUCGCAUCUGACAACGGAGUGCUGCCUGUCGAGGUGGACCCAGCUGCAGCUUUCUUAGCUCAGCAAGAAAGCGAAAUAGCGGUGAUAGAGAAUUACGACGAAGGACUCGGAGCUUUGGAGGGAUCCGCUGAGUUCCUCGAACAACCGCCGACAGCUGAUUCACCUGCUCCUGUACAAUAUGAUGCCGGAUUUACUGAGGCAUCAGCAGCCACGGUAAACGGAAACAUGUUUGUGCUGGAGUCCAACGGUCCAUCGGACAGCUAUGCGGCCAUCGCCCAGGUGGACUCUCUGAGAGCAGAGCCUGAGAGCCUGCGUAAGUGGAGGGAGGAGCAGAAGGCACAGCUGGAGCAACUAGACUCUGCGUCCAAGGCAACGGAGGCUGAGUGGAAAGAGAAGGCCAAGAGAGAGCUGGAGGACUGGCAUGUGCACCAGAUUGAACAGAUGGAGAAGAGCAAGGCCAACAACAGGGCGUCUGAAGAGACCUUCCUGUCUGAGGCUGACGGCGACAGCCCAGGGACGGAGUGGGAGAGAGUGGCCCGUCUCUGUGACUUCAACCCCAAGACCAACAGGACGGCCAAGGACGUGUCCCGGAUGCGCUCGGUCCUCAUAGCCCUCAAACAGACACCUCUGGUGCGCUAGUACGGCCAAUGGAACGGCGGAGUGGCGACGAAGGUUUCCCUUCUUUUAAAACUGCUCCAGUUAUGAACCCUGUUUGCUUUCAGGCAGAAUGUGUACUAGCCUCUAAUCGUAUAGGUCUUCUUCUGAUGUAGGGUUCUUUUAUGUUCAGACCCUCCUAAAUGUUUCUACUACGCGUCCCUCCUGUCUCUGCUACGUGUUUCUACUACGCGUCCCUACUGUUUCUACUACGUGUUUCUACUACGUGUUUCUACUACGAGUCCCUCCUGUUUCUACUACGCGUCCCUUGUCUCUAAUACGCGUCCCUCCUGUUUCUACUACGCGUCCCUCCUGUCUCUACUACGCGUCCCUCCUGUUUCUACUACGCGUCCCUUCUGUCUCUGCUACGCGUCCCUCCUGUCUCUGCUACGCGUCCCUCCUGUUUCUACUACGCGUCCCUCCUGUUUCUACUACGCGUCCCUUCUGUCUCUGCUACGCGUCCCUCCUGUCUCUGCUACGCGUCCCUCCUGUCUCUGCUACGCGUCCCUCCUGUCUCUGCUACGCGUCCCUCCUGUUUCUGCUACGUAU